AUGUCGAUGGACUACCUCAUCCGUCUCGUCCAAAUGCACGAAGACUUCCGCCUCGCCGAAAUCCGCUGUCUCGCCUCCUACUUCCGCAUCGAAAUAGACAUAGUCUCCUACUCAAAGAACUCUCCCUUCUUGAUCCUUCGCAUCCUUUCCUACCCAGCUUCCAAGUUCACCUCACCAAAUGUGGCAGCCAAAGCCCUAAUAUCCCGCUCCGUUCUCUCUCUAGGGAUACACGAGUUGUGGGGCAUGGCCCCCAAAGUCGAAGGAGUUGCAACAUACGCCGCUCUCCACGCCGACGUGCAAACGAGGACAAACUCAGGAAUCUGGGCCAAGUACAAGAAAGCCAGCUUCAGAUUCUCCGUCGACGCCUAUUGCGGAAAGCGAUCUCCAGCCGAGCAAACCGAGAUCAUCAACGGCUUCCGCUAUCUCGGCUUCGAAGGGCCAAUUCGAAUGCAGAACCCAGAGGUCGAGUUCACCGCUUUUGAGGAGUGGAACCUGAGCUUUAAUCCCAAUCACUCACGCAAACAACACCCGGACCUUACAUCACAAUCACUAGUGGAUGAACCUUUCCCUGAUAACCAUCCCACUCCUCAGCACGACCCUCAGACCCUCUAUUUCGGCCGCCUCAUCUCCUCCUCGCCUCGUCACCAUCUGAUAAUGAAACACGAUCUAAAACGCCGCCCUUACAUCUCUACCACCUCCAUGGACGCCACUCUCGCCCUUGUAAGCGCCAAUCUCGCCCACGCGGGGCCAGGGCGUAUGCUCUAUGAUCCCUUCGUCGGGACUGGUGGAUUUUUGGUGGCGGCCGCGGAACUCGGGGCGUGUGUCUGGGGUAGUGAUAUCGAUGGGCGGAGUUUUCGUGGGGCGGGAAGAGGGAAGGGAGGGAGUGAUGGGAAGGUUGGGAAGAAGAAAGGUGGGAAGGGGGGUGUUUGGAGAAACUUCGAGGAGUAUGGACUCGGAGACUUGUUCGGGGAUUGUUUUAUCUGUGAUUUGAUCAACACUCCGCUGCGAACGAAUGAUGGCAAUGGAUGGCUCGACGGCAUAAUCUGUGAUCCACCUUAUGGCGUACGCGAGGGUUUGAGAAUCCUAGGAAAUAGGGAGCCAAGAACUGAUCGAAUUCCGAUUAUGGUUGAUGGUGUACCGGCGCAUACUUUGCCUGGCUAUGUAGCGCCGAAGAAGCCCUACUCGUUCGAGCGCAUGUUGGAUGAUAUUCUGGCGUUUGCUGCGGACACGUUGGUGACGGAUGGGAGGUUAGCGUUCUGGAUGCCAAGUGCAAAUGAGGAUGAUGAGGAGCUUGCAAUACCAAAGCGUGUCGAACUGGAGUUGGUGGAGUGCUGCGUGCAGCGGUUUCAUAGGUGGAGUAGGAGGUUGCUUGUGUAUCGGAGGAGGAGAAAGGAAGAAUUGAAAGAGCUUGACGUCAAUGGGUCUGGUCAGGAUGAUGAGAAGCUCAAGGAGCUUGCAAAUGGAAAGACCGCGUCGGAUUUAAAUCCGUUUAGGAGGAAGUACUUUCAAGGAUUUCGGACACGAGAUAUAAUACCCACAAGAACGCGAGCGCUAUGA